GGGCUGGGUCGGGCUUUGCAGGGGCGAUGAUAGGCAGAAGAGAGAAAAGGAAGAGGAGCGAGCCUUGAAGGCUGGUUGAGCCAGCUUGGCGAGCAGCCUCAGGGUCUCAGGUUACUGUGGGAACUGCUGCAGCUUCCAGGCCGGCCAAAGCCGUUGUCACCUCACCACCUUUCACCCUCUCUGGCUCCCUGCUUGCUACUCCUUAGAGAAAUGUCCCCGGGUUCUCCGCGGCGUAUUCCCAGCCUGUAUCCGGUUACAGCCAGGCGGCGCGCUCCCGCACGCCGGAGCGCCGGGCGCCAGCAGGACGCCCUCUCCUCUGCGCCCGCUUUCCGCUCGCUGCUCUGCUGCUACCACUCCUCCGCCACCUCCGCCCUCACUAACUCCAGCUCCGGGAGACGCCACCCAGCCACGGCCAGCGCUCCCAGCCGGCGCUCACGCACGAAAGUGGGGCGCUACAGCCGACCUAGCGCUCGGUAUGGGGACGAGAGUGAAAAGACAGGUGGUAUACUAUAGAGAUGUGGGACUCACCCACGCAGACGCCUGCGAUUUUUACUUGAGCCCUCCCUGACUAGCCCCAUUCGGGCCAGCGCCUGGCAAGCCAGCCCAUCUGUGGCAUCCGCCGUCGCCUCCUCCUUGCACCUCCUCGCCGACCCCUCCCUCCCGGGACCUGCAUCCCGCUCCGCCAAUCAGCGCCCGUCUGCCUCUUCCCACGUGAUCCCGGGCGGGCUAAGGACCUGCUGCUUCCCAAACGCCAGAGGGAUGCGGGCGGCAGAGCGCGAGAGGCGGCUGCUUGGCUGCGGGGCGUUUUGACUUUUCCUCCACCCUGCCUCCUUGGGCUCCUCUCCUCUAGCCCUGGACUCCGGUCUUCUGCUCCCCCGGCUUUCCGGAGCCCCUCCCUUAUGGCAGUAGCUUUCCGCGUCUUCGGCGUAGCUUCUCAGCGGACGACCCUCUCGCUGCCAGAGCUGAGCUGGGUCACUGGAUGUUGCUGAAACUCUCGAGAUCAUGCGCGGGGUUGGCUGCUGCUUCGCCGUCAGGUGCCACUGCCACCGCCGCUUCUGCUGCCGCCGUCCGCGGGAUGCUCAGUAGCCUGCUGCCGGGCCCCCGCGAUAGUGUGUUCUUCGGAAGCCGUUUGCUGCUGCAGAGUUGCGCGAACUAGUCAUGGUGCUGUGGGAGUCCCCGCGGCAGUGCAGCAGCUGGACACUUUGCGAGGGCUUUUGCUGGCUGCUGCUGCUGCCGGUCAUGCUACUCAUCAUAGCCCGCCCGGUGAAGCUUGCGGCUUUCCCUACCUCCUUAAGUGACUGCCAAACGCCCACCGGCUGGAACUGCUCUGGUUAUGAUGACAGAGAAAAUGAUCUCUUCCUCUGUGACACCAACACCUGUAAAUUUGAUGGGGAAUGUUUAAGAAUUGGAGACACUGUGACUUGCGUCUGUCAGUUCAAGUGCAACAAUGACUACGUGCCUGUGUGUGGCUCCAAUGGGGAGAGCUACCAGAACGAGUGUUACCUACGGCAAGCUGCCUGCAAACAGCAGAGUGAGAUACUUGUGGUGUCUGAAGGAUCAUGUGCCACAGAUGCAGGAUCCGGAUCUGGAGAUGGAGUCCAUGAAGGCUCAGGAGAAACCAGUCAAAAGGAAACAUCCACCUGUGAUAUUUGCCAGUUUGGUGCUGAAUGUGAUGAAGAUGCAGAGGACGUCUGGUGCGUGUGCAACAUUGACUGUUCUCAAACCAACUUCAAUCCCCUCUGUGCUUCUGAUGGGAAAUCUUAUGAUAAUGCAUGUCAAAUCAAAGAAGCAUCGUGUCAGAAACAGGAGAAAAUUGAAGUCAUGUCGUUGGGUCGAUGUCAAGAUAACACAACCACAACUACUAAAUCUGAAGAUGGACAUUAUGCAAGAACAGAUUAUGCAGAGAAUGCUAACAAAUUAGAGGAAAGUUCCAGAGAACACCACAUACCUUGCCCAGAACAUUACAAUGGUUUCUGCAUGCACGGGAAGUGCGAACAUUCCAUCAAUAUGCAGGAGCCAUCUUGCAGGUGUGAUGCUGGUUAUACUGGACAACACUGUGAAAAAAAGGACUACAGUGUACUGUAUGUUGUUCCCGGCCCUGUACGAUUUCAAUACGUCUUAAUUGCAGCUGUGAUUGGAACCAUUCAGAUUGCUGUCAUCUGUGUGGUGGUCCUCUGCAUCACAAGGAAAUGCCCCAGAAGCAACAGAAUUCACAGACAGAAGCAAAAUACAGGGCACUACAGUUCAGACAACACGACAAGAGCGUCCACAAGGUUAAUCUGAAGGGAGCAUGUUGCACAGUGGCCAGACUACCGAAAGCUUGGACUACACAAUACAGUAUUAUAGUCAAAAGAAUAAGACAAGAGAUCUACACAUGUUGCCUUGCAUUUGUGGUAAUCUACACCAAUGAAAACAUGUACUACAGCUAUAUUUGAUUAUGUAUGGAUAUAUUUGAAAUAGUAUACAUUGUCUUGAUGUUUUUCUGUAAUGUAAAUAAACUAUUUAUAUCACACAAUAUAGUUUUUUCUUUCCCAUGUAUUUGUUAUAUAUAAUAAAUACUCAGUGAUGAGAAAAAAA